UCGCCCCGCCCCGCGGAGUGCGUGCGCUUGGAGAGCGACGCUGCGUGCUGGGUCAUGGCGGCCGCCGGGCCCUGAGGACGCGGAGGGGCGGCCUGCGAGGCCAUGGCCGUGCUGCCGGCCGUCGUGGAGGAGCUCCUGAGCGAGAUGGCCGCGGCGGUGCGCGGGAGCGCGCGAAUUCCUGACGAGCAUCUGUUAUCGAUGAAGUUCAUCUUUGGCUCCUCAGCCAUCCAGGCCUUGGACCUCGUGGAUCGACAGUCCGUCACCUUAAUCUCUUCUCCCAGCGGGAGGCGUGCGUACCAGGUACUUGGAAGUUCUGGUAAAACAUACACGUGCUUGGCCUCCUGCCAUUACUGCCCGUGCCCUGCCUUUGCCUUCUCGGUGGUGCGGAAGAGCGAGAGCCUGCUGUGCAAGCAUCUCCUGGCAGUGUACCUUAGUCAGGUUACGGGGACCUGCCAGCAGCUCAGCGUCUCUGACAAGCAGUUGACUGAUAUCCUGUUGACGGGGGAGGAACAAGCAGCGUAAAUGGUACCUGCUGAGCACCGCUGUCUGUCAAGAUAGAAGUCCCACCAAAGAAACGUUUUAACCCAUCACGGGUCACAUGGAAGAGAAGUGAAGUGGAUCUUCCUGGGACUCCUGCAGGAAGGGCAUGGGGGGACCCAGGUGUGAGUGAGGCUGGAAGCUUGUACGAGACUCAUGGACUGUCGGAACCAGCCUCUGAGCUCCUUGGAUGAAAAAAUAUCCCCUGGCUAGAAUCAAGGAUUUUAGGUUAAAAUAAAGCCUGCUAUGGUGUCAUGCCCACAAUUAGUUAAAAGCUUAAGUGAUUGAAUUACUAGUAAUUUUUAAAGUUGGAAUGGUAGGUAAAAUAAUGGCGUUCAAGUGUUAGUUCUUUUCCUUCAGCCCAGAAAAUGAUUCUGCAGCAGUAAAAGACCAGAGCAGAGAGAGAUGCCUAAACAGCAGCAAGUGUGGAAAGACCGAGGUUCUGGUUUCAGGAAGCUCCGGGUGUCUGUGGCGUUGGCACCAGAACCACUUAAGCAGGCUGUGUUGUUAGCGAGCUGGUAACUCAGACAAGGGAGGGGCUCGUUGGCUCUGCGUGUAAUUCUGAACUUUGUUACAGGCCACAUGAGGAGAAGGUCCCAAAGUCAUGUCUUGGAGGGAAGUGAAAGACACUGCGAACAAUUUUCAGUCUGAAGAAGAAAGGGCAAAAGAGAUACAAGGUGGCUUGUUUCCAGGGAGAGAAAUGGGACUUGAUUCGACCCAAAGUAGGAUCCUUUUUCCAAAUGGGAGACAGAUUCAGCACAAGACGGGCACUUCUUCCCAGGGAAAGCCAGAGUGGGAUCCUAGAAGGAUUCCCUUUCUCCGGAGGGGCUCACAGGCCUGCAGGCUCCUCGCAGUGGACAAACAAAGGAAGCAGGUGAUUUUACAGCCCAGGAAUCCACCCCCUCUGAGCCCGGGAACAGGAGGUGCUCACAAAGGAACGCGGUGCCCAGGCCCAGGCCGCAGAUGCCACGGUGCUCUAUGGUUGGCAGAGCCUUGGGUUUUUGAAAAGUUUUCUUUUUAUUUUACCUGUUACACACAAACAGUUAUAUAAUUUUACUUAGUAAAAUUUUCACACUUUGGGUUCUAACAACUUGGCCAAACAUGACCUUGGGAAAGAAGUAAAAAAAAAGGAAAAGAAAAACCAUUACCAAGCCCUAGAAUGGGGCAACAACAACAAGAUCUAGCAGGAAGAGCCCCACUUCUCCGAUUUCUUCCUCUAGAGUUAGUUUUCUGUAUAUGGAAAAGAAGGGCGCUCAGCACUGUUAGCUGAUAAUACUCUACAUAAGAACUUACGGGAGUCUCAUUUCCCUAAAUUAACAGCAGCAGCUUGAUUGAAAAACUACACUUGAUUGCCUGGUGGCCUUCCUAGGAGCAAGUAUACAUUUUCAGUAUAUCCAACUCAUUUUCCAUGCCUCUAAGUUAAAGGUAUUUUCCUUAUAAUAGUUCACAGUGUUUCACAGUAAAAUGGUUUCAGUCAUUUCCUACUAUGAGAGGCAGAUUCUUAAAAAACAACCAAAAAAGGAACAAAAAAACCCUGCCUUUUAGAAUCCAUCAAAACCAUCAGCAUCUUCCACAUAGUAAGAGCAGCCGAGUAGAACAAUAAAUGCCACAAAAAUGUAUUUGUCAACCCUUGGCGCCUACUAAUAACAUGUACAAAUUAGCUAGAUAUGUGGUAACCCCAGGGAAGCACUUGGAAGAGUCCGCCGGAGCCUGGGUCAUAGGUCAAGAGCAGGCUGUGCUCCUGCAUGCCCAGUCCCACUCUUGAGGUCGUCUUUCUGGCAGAGAACGUACCUGGAGAUGAUUCUGUGGAAAGUAUAGCGGAAGUCUCGGUUCCGGUAGGCGUAGACGACGGGGUUGACGACCGAGUUGGUGUGUGACAGCAGGAUGGCCAGGUUGAUCGCCCACUUGGGCUUCCCCUCCGCGCGAGCCGGCUGGAAAAGAGUGACGCAGUUUAUGGCGUGCACUGGCAACCAGCACAGAGCAAAGAUCCCCACAAUCAUGGCCAGGGACUUGGCUGCGUGGAUCUCCCGCUGCAGGAUGGUCCUCGAGUGGUCCAUCAGCUCCGAGCGCUGGAGCUGCUUACAGGCCACCGCGAAGAUCUUGAUGUAGAUCACCAGCAUGAUGAGCAGCGGGGGCAGGACGCACCCAAAGAAAUUGAAGUACACCAUGUAGCUCAUGGGGAUCACGUUCUCAAAGAGACACUUCACGCGGCAGCAGCUCCCGUUUGUGCUUCUGCCCCGCGGCUCUGUGCAGUUGGUGGCACUGUCUCUGCUGUUCCACCCCAGGAACGGGGUCAGUCCAAUGCCAAAGGCCAGGACCCAGAGGGCGGCGAUGACGCAUCUUGCCCGGGUCCCGGUGACCAGGCUCUUGUACCUGUCCGAGAGAGCGCCGCGCGUUACGGUCAGUCACCAGAACCCCAGCCCAAGCCCCCACCUGCCUCUGUGCCGUGGCCUUUACUCUUACCAAACCCUAAGGCUCAGCCCCCGACGGCUCCACGGCCCUUCACCCCCAGCACUAAAGACCCGCGGGCAGGAUACGGGCAGCUCUGCUCUGAAAGCGCAACAGGAUCUCCCUUCUUGACCUAAUACCCCACUUCUGUUUAGGGGCGAACGAUGGUGAAAUGAGAACACAUGGCAUGGGCCCUGAACGCGUGCCUGCUAAUCUCCCUUUGUGUCUGGGCCUCGUAAGGCCCUGCUCUAGUGGCUGGUGCACAUCAGGGAGCAGAACACACAGAGCCCUGCUUCUCAGGAACCUGUAUUCUAGCAGGGGAGAAAGAACACAGCAAGCAGCAAGCGUGAGCUCGUACAUGACGCGGUCCGUUAGAAGGUACGAAAGCGGCAGCAGCGGAGGAAGGACGGUCAGCGCUGGCAGUGCGUGUGGUUCUGGGGAGGCCGGCAGGGAAGGCCUCGGCGAUGGCGACGCUGGGGCAGAGGCCUAAAGGAAGUGAGGCCGGAGCCUCCGGAGGGAGCGAACCAGAGGUGUGCCUUGGGCCGUGGGCAGGGCUGUCCCUGGCCUCUGUAAACCGUGGGAGAACAACGGUUCCGGUUCCGGCAACACCCAACUGUAGAGAAAUGCUAGCGACAGGUGAUAAAAAUCAGGAAAUCAUUUAGCAAAUAGUAAGCAGAUAACUUUUCAGUAAUUUCUUAAAGUGUUAAAUCUUAUAUAAAAUCACCAGAAACCAUAAUGUACAUUUUAGACACUUGGCUAUAUAAUAUACAGAUGUGUCGAUUAAUAACUGGUCCAUAAUAUGUCAGUCUACUAAGUAAAUGAAAGGAAAUCUACCUGUGACCUCUGGGGGGAAACUGGGAAGUAAUCGACGGGAGUUACCUUAAGAUUGUGGAAAGUGUCACCUUUUCCUUUGCAGGAUCAAGCCUGGACUCAGCCCACCCCACAGAGCCCUCCAGCCUCAGCUGAGGCCCUCUGCCCGCCUCGCUGCCCAGCGGCUCCCUCCUGCCAGGCUGCCCGGGCAUCUCAAGGGCCCCCUGCCCUCCUGAUCGCCUCUCGGGCAGAGGCCCACUCCCUCACCCUGGCCCCAGACGCACACCUGCCGGAGCACAGGUGUUUCCCCUCCACGAGAAUAGUGACACCUGGUAAGGGCUGGACGGUGUCCCUUUGUGUGGCCUGCCUGGCACUGGUAGGUUCUUAGUAAAAACAGAGCCAUCACUAAUAAAUCCAUAAUCUGUCA